AUGUGCUGGCUGCGGGCAUGGGGCCAGAUUCUCCUGCCAAUUUUUCUCUCCCUCUUUCUCAUCCAAUUGCUUAUCAGCUUUUCAGAGAAUGGUUUUUUCUACAGCCCCAGGAACAAUCAGAAACCAAGAGAUGGAACUGAAGAGGGAUGUGCUAUAAAGAAGAGUUGUCAGUUGUGCACAAAAGAUAAGAAAUGUAUUUGGUGUAGUGAAGAAAAGGCAUGCAAAAAAUAUUGUUUUCCAUAUUUUGGGUGUCGAUUCAGUUCUGUAUAUUGGUUAAACUGUAAAGUUGACAUGUUUGGAAUCGUGAUGCUUCUACUCAUUGCAAUAUUAAUUACAGCAUUAUUUUGGUUCUGCUGCGCCUAUCAAUUUUACAUACAGGAUUUGAACAGAAAUCGUGCAUAUUUUUAUGCAAGACGAGAAGCAGGUCCUGUUCACAACUGGAAUGCUACUGGCAAGUGUUUUCAUUUAUUUGAUGGAAUGUCCCAGACUCCUUCAGUAACAGUUUGUUCCCUUGUUCCAAACAUCAAAAUUAAAGUAUAA